AAUUAUUGAUAUAAUUUGUGUUUUAAAAAAGUUUUAGGCCGAUAGAAAAACAUUAAUGUUUACAAAAAACACGGCUGUUCAGCGUUUGCCCACCCAAUCACUGGAAAUUUCAACGGCUUUGUAUACAAACAUGAUCUCUCCUAUAAGUAAGAAGCAAUGGCCACAGGAAAGAAAACUCUUGCAAUUUUUUAAGCCUUGUUUCAGGAUUUCCAAAAAAUGUGUCCACAAAAAAAAAUGAAAUGCUCGUGUUCACUUUUCAGACCUAUUUUACAAUCAAGACAACCAUUCCUUUUAAUAUUAGAUAUGAUGUGCAACCUUCAAAACGUUUGAAAACAUUAAAAUUUAGAUCAGUUUGAUCAUUUAAUGUAGAACUCUUAAUUGAAUAUUUUUUUUGAUUUGUUGUAAUUGCGUGAGAAAAUUUAAUAUUUAUGUGCAUGAGAGCCUGAUUCGGACUUGAAAUGUGUGACUUUCACACCCAGUGCGUGAGACUUGACAGGUAUGCUGCUCGCAUUGGUGAGUUAAAGUCAGGAUAAGAGGAGUGGACCUCGCUGUAUAUUCAACCAACCUGGCGAGUGCUUUUUACAUCGUAACUUUACUAAAUUUCAACUAAGUAUGUGCUGAAUUACAUUGUGAUAGACAAUAACAAUUUUUGUGUUGGUAGAAUCUUUAAAAUUCAAUUGCACAACAAUAAAGAUUAACAGGUGCGCACUAGACUGUAAUUAUUAUUAUUAUCGAGUCUGUUGUUACACUAAAAACAUAUACCAUAAGCCAGUCAAGAUAAAGGAUAUUCUAUCUGAGUUAAUGUUAUUAUUAUCACCAUUUAUUGUCCUGUACUUUGUCAAAGCAUGGCUUCAACAUCUAAACAAACUGACAUCCUUAGUUUAUUUUGAAAGCGCCCGAUGGUUGAGAUGAUGAAAAAUGGUAGAACAAGAAGAGAAACAUCUUUCCAAGAAAAGAAAAAAAGGAUUAAACAAAAAGGAAAUGUCAAGUUGGAACAAGACUGAGGCCAACAAUGGCAUUCAACCCAGACAAGUGGGAAGAGUUGUUGGUAACUGGAAAAGGUCAACAUUGGCAAAUAGAUUGAUAUAAAGGUCUAGUGUCAGCAUACAUGAUGGGGGAUGAAAUACAAGAAUAUUUUAAAACUGGUCUAGAAGUAGCAAAGGAGGCUGGUGAGAGAGUGAAAACAGAUUUCUACAAAAUUAAGAAAAUAGAAAUGAAGGAGAAUUAUGCUGAUCUUGUCACUGAGACAGACAAAGCUGUUGAGGACCUGAUCAUGUUAAGGUUGAGUAAAAAAUAUCCCAGUCAUAAAUUUAUAGGUGAAGAAACAGUGUCUGCAGGCGGGCAUUGUGAGCUUACAGUUGAUCCCACCUGGAUUAUAGAUCCCAUUGAUGGAACUACUAACUUUGUUCAUGGAAUUCCACAUACAUGUAUAUCUAUAGGUUUAGCAGUAAAUAAACAGAUAGUUGCUGGAAUAGUGCAUGCUCCUGUCCUAGGAGAGACAUAUACAGCCAUUAAAGGUCAUGGUGCAUUUUGCAAUGAUGAUAAAUUAUCAGUUUCUGCUAUACAAGAAUUAAAGCGAGGUGUUGUUAUUAUUGAAGGAGGAACAUCAAGGGUACCAGAGGUGUUAGAUCCCAAAAUAAGCAACGUGAAAUCCAUUAUAGAAAACUGCCAUGGGGUACGAGCGUAUGGUUCAGCAGCAAUCAACAUGUGUUUUGUAGCUCGGGGAACGCAUGCCGCUUAUUUGGAACAUGGUAUACAUGUCUGGGAUAUUGCAGCAGGAAAACUGAUAGUGGAGGAAGCUGGGGGAGUUGUUUGUGAUCCAUGUGGAGAUACCCUAGAUUUAAUGAACAGACGAGUACUGGCUGCGUGUAAUAAAGAAGUUGCAGGACAGAUAUCUAAAAUCACCACAAAUAUUUCAUUAGAAAGAGACUGAUUGUUUGAAUAGCAAAUUCUGUUCUCUUCAAAAACCUAACAUAUAUUUACAUACCUAUUUCGGUGAUUACAUAAUUAUUCACAAAUUAAUGUACUGUUUAGUGAUUGCUUUUGUAAUUUUUUACAUUAAUUGAGGGAAUUGAUGAUUGGGUUUUAUAAGGGGAUCAGAUAUUAUUGGAGGAAUACUUUAAAGUAUAGUCUUAGAUAAUGUUUUACUACUGUUGGGAAAUGUUUUACUGCUUUUUCACAAACAAAAGGAGAGCCGAUCAGACAUGGGGGUAAUGCAGCAGUUUUUUUUCCCUAAAUAAACUUUUAAUGUUGGAGUUAUAUACUGCGAAAUUAUUUAAUUUUGGGCAUGGAAUUAUGUGGUUUUGUCCAAAACUGCUAUUUUGUGGGUAUUUAAAUCUGUGGUUUUCAACUUUUGAAGUAAAGUAGUAAGAAUCUUGUUUCCUUGUAGCGAUUUAAUUUCAUCGAUCAUUUCAAGCAUGAUAUUCAUAAAAAAUUGUCACCUACAAAUAUUUAUGAUUUAAAAGUAUUUAUAAUUUGAAUUUUAAAGCAAAGCUUUGUUGCCUGGACUGGAGCCUAUGUUUCAAGCUGUGACAAUGGCAAAUAGAUGACAGUUAUUUUUUUUAUCAGUUUUUAGCCUGGUCCUAGUCUUUUCACUGUUUUACAUAUUUUCUUCUGUGAUCAGUAUUUUAGUGCUAGAUGUACCUUGUUAUUGAGCCAUGCCAUGAGAAAAACAACAUAGUGGCUUUGCGACCAGCAUGGAUCCAGACCAGCCUGCGCAUCUGCGCAGUCUGGUCAGGCUCCAUGCUGUUCGCUUUUAAAGUCUAUUGGAAUUGGAGAAACUGUUAGCGAACAGCAUGGAUUCUGACCAGACUGCGCGGAUGCGCAGGCUGGUCUGGAUCCAUGCUGGUCGCAAAGCCACUAUGUUGGUUUUCUCAUGGCGCGGCUCAAUUAUGAUUUAGUUGUACAAGAUUUAUAUUUUUUUAACAUCUUAUGUAGAGUUAUCUUAGAUUCUUUUCCUUUUCUCAAAGGACAUCCACCAAUAUAUUCUUUGCUUUAAAUUGUAUUUUCUUUUGAUUUAAAAGAUUAUUUGAAAUGUUGUAACUUGUUAUUACUAGGGAAUAAAUUAUUUAGAUAAGACAA